UAGAAAUAUAGUGCAUCCGUUUACUAAGAUUUCAGCUUCCAACAGAAGCUUAAUGAAUGAUCAACACAUUUCAUUUAGUGGCCUUCUAUAGAAACAUCCUACUGUCCUAACAAGAUGUGCUAUAGUUUGUUCAUUAGUUACUGCCAGUUUUGGACCUUCGGGAAAAAAAUAUUGAACCGGGGAUAAAAAGGGGAACUUUCAUUGCUGAAUUAUUGAUUGAAUACUUUGCUUCCAUUGGCUGUUGAUGAACCUUGCAUAUUGUUCCUUCCAAAAGCAUAUUUUUGGGAUUAGAUAGAUAAAACAUAUUCCUGUUUUGUUUGCGUUUUACUACAAGUGCAACAAGUUCUAGUAUUGCCAGGUUCAACGAGUUCUCUUUUUGGUUGAAUAUUGUGUGUAUCCUUUUUCAGCUCACUGUUUAAUUUCAUUUCUAGGUCCAUUAUAGUAUCUUCCUACAUAGCUGUAUAUCAUGAAGCAGAAUCUCGAGGAAUCUGAAACUUUAUAUACUUGUGUGCUAUUCUAAAUACAUGUUUUAUCUGGUGCAGGCACUUGAUAAAUCGCAGCUUGGAGCCCUUCUUCGUCAAAGAGGCGAAAAGCUUGAUUCACCAGUGCUUGAAAAUGGGGAAAAUUGGAGUGUGGGACAACGAAAACUUGUUUCAUUGGGCCGUGCUUUGCUUAAGCAGGCAAGAAUACUUGUUCUUGAUGAAGCCACUGCUUCUGUUGAUACAGCGACAGAUAAUCUUAUCCAGACUCUAAUAAGGGCAGAGUUCAGGGACUGCACAGUUGUGAUGAUAGCACACAGAAUACCAACAGUUAUGGAUAAUGAUUUUGUGUUGGUCCUCAGUGACGGGGAUUUCAUGAUUAGAAUGCAUGCAUUGUCUUUGAAUCCCCACCGUAUUGGCCUAAGAAGACAAAAUCCCAUGUUGAGCUAUCUCCAUUCUGAGAAGAUUGUUGAUAGAGAUGUAAACACAGAGAACAUGGUACUAGAUAAAACUAGGACUCUGAAAAUAGGAGAUUUCGAUGUAGCCCGUGUUGAGGCGUCAAAUCCUAGUGACAUGACUGGAGAGACAGGAACACUUGGUUAUAUGGCCCCCGAGUUAGCUCCAAUUCCUUCCCCUAGUUUUUAG